ACACACACACACACACACAUCCUUUUCAGCUCUGGUUUUCCCCUGCAUUCGUUUGUGGUCUGGGGAGCCGAAUGGAGCUUAGCAUCGAGCGGGAGGAGAGGGGGUAGGGUGCCGUCGGAGAAUGAGAGAAGGCUUCAAAGAUGGGCAAUUGCGGAACCAGAGAGGAGAACGCCGUUGUCGCCGCUCACGCGCAAGUUCAGCAGCUCCAGAUAUUCCAGAUACCUGUUAAGAAUGCUCCUUCAGAGAAGAAACAUGCUCGCACCUCUUCCGACAUAAGUGACCCCUCAACCCCUCGGCACAUUGAGGAUUCGAGAAACAUCGCAAUAUACACUGAUGUGAUUGCGUUCACUUUGUUCGAACUCGAGACAAUUACAAAGAGCUUCCGUCCAGACUAUGUUCUUGGUGAAGGAGGGUUUGGUACUGUCUACAAGGGUUAUAUAGAUGAAAAUGUGAGAGUUGGUCUCAAAUCACUUCCGGUUGCUGUCAAGGUGCUCAACAGGGAUGGUCAUCAGGGACACAGGGAGUGGCUCACAGAGGUUAAUUUUCUAGGACAAUUGAGGCAUCCCAAUCUAGUGAAGCUGAUUGGAUACUGCUGUGAAGAUGAUCAUAGACUGCUUGUCUACGAGUUCAUGUUCCGUGGAAGUCUUGAGAAUCACUUGUUUCGAAAGACAGCUGCUCCACUAUCUUGGGCAACAAGAAUGUCAAUUGCACUUGGUGCUGCUAAAGGGCUAGCUUUUCUCCACAAUGCUGAAAGACCUGUUAUCUACCGAGAUUUUAAGACCUCAAAUAUUCUGCUGGACUCUGAUUACACAGCCAAGCUAUCUGAUUUUGGUCUUGCGAAAGCUGGACCAGAGGGUGAUGAGACCCAUGUUUCAACAAGGGUGAUGGGCACCUAUGGCUAUGCUGCCCCUGAAUAUGUGAUGACAGGUCACUUGACGGCCAGGAGCGACGUUUACAGCUUUGGGGUUGUCCUUCUUGAGCUAUUGACAGGCCGGCGAUCUGUGGACAAGACGCGCCCAAGCAAGGAGCAGAGCUUGGUCGAUUGGGCUCGUCCCAAGCUCAAUGACAAGAGAAAGCUGCUGCAAAUAAUCGACUCAAGAUUGGAGGAUCAGUAUUCAGCGAGAGCUGCUCAGAAGGCCUGCAGCCUGGCAUACUACUGCUUGAGCCACAACCCGAAAGCAAGGCCUCUUAUGAGCGAUGUCGUGGAGACACUUGAACCCCUGCAGGCAAGCAGCGGCAGUGAGGGCUCAUUUCAGGCACUAGGUCGUGGCACAGUCUCCGACUACAGGAUGCACCGUAGGCUUGCGGGAGGCAGUGUCAGUUGUAGACCAACUCCAAACACAAAAUGUUCGCCAGGUGCUCUUCCAGCCUGCAGGGUCAAGUGAGUCCAUCCUGGGUGGGUGUCAUUGUACAUUAUCUAUCUCGUCAUGCUUGCUCGUGUGGGUUUUCCUUCUUCCACUAUGUUUUGAUGUAAAUCGUAUCGUCUUAUCACCAUCGUCGUCUGCAAGAUCUUUAUUUCUAAUCAGUGCUUUGUGUAUUUUAACCGAGGCAAACCUUGCCAAAACGGGCUAGGUUUUGUUCUAGAAAUGAAAGCUAGUUGGACCA